AUGAGAAAUUUGGAAAAUCAAUUAGGGCAAUUAGCACAAGCACUGAACUCACGAGAACCUGGAACGUUGCCAAGUAACACCCAAAAUCCAAGUAAUGUCAAUGAUAAGAGGCAAUGUAAUGCCAUCACACUUAGAUCGGGAAAGGAGUUAGCUCCAAAGAAUCAUGACUUACCAGUCACCAAUGAUGAGCAACACCCGGUAAGUGUUGAGACUCAUAAGAAGAAGCAAGAAUUGAAAGAUGAUGAAAAAGAGUAUGUCGAGAUUGAGGACAUAACCGAUGAGGAGUACGGGCAGAAGAAACCGAACAACGAAGGUCUAACAAGUUCAAGUCCAAGUGUUGGAAAUGAAAAGAAAGCCCAAGAAAAAGAUGCUCGAACCGGUGCGACAGUUGCACCAACAACCUUACCUUUCCCACCUAGGAAAAGUAAAUCCAACGAAGAUGAUGGGCAAUUUAAGAAGUUUCUAGAGAUCCUUUCUCAACUUCAUAUCAACAUCCCUUUUGUUGAAGCCUUAAAACAAAUGCCCACAUAUGCAAAGUUCAUGAAGGAAGUUCUUACAAGGAAAAGAGUUUGGAGAGAGUUUGAGACUGUUGCAAUGACGAAAAGUUUCACGUCAAUAAUCAAAAAUAGAUUACCUGUGAAGAAGGAUGAUCCAGGUAGUUUCAUUCUACCGGUCAAAAUUGGAAAAUUUGACAAGAUUGGUUUGUGUGACCUUGGUGCAAGUAUCAAUUUAAUGCCUUUGUCAAUUUUUCAAAAAUUAGGACUUGGUGAAGCUAGACCGACCACAGUUUCACUCCAGCUACCAGACCGAUCUAUGGUAUAUCCAGAAGGUAAAAUAGAGGAUAUCAUUAUCAAGGUUGAUAAUCUUUUCAUUCCAGCUGAUUUUAUCAUUUUGGAUUAUGAAGCUGAAGAUGAUUGUGGAAUAAUUUUAGGGAGGCCAUUUUUGGCAACUGCUGAAGCUUUAAUUGAUGUCAAAAAGGGAGAGGUUACAUUGAGAGUAAAUGACGAGCAAAAGACUUUUAAUAUGUUUAAGGCUAUCAAAAAACCUUCUAAUGUGGAAGAAUGCUCAUUCAUACGAGUUACAAAUGGAUUGGUAGAUUUAAAGGAGGCCCACUUGAACAAGGUGACUCGUAACAUGGAGGAAAAUAGAGAGUCCACAGUUAAAAGUGUAGUGAGUCGGGUUAAGGAGAAGCAUGACUUGAAUGAUAGUGUGAUUGAAUCAUCUUUGCCAUCCCUUGAAAAAGUAUAUGAUUUAGAGUUGAAGUGGCCUUCAGAACACUUGGUGAAGGUUAGAAAGAAAAGGAUGAAGCACUUGUUGAGGCAUUAA